AUGCCCACGCUGGUUCCCAGCCUCCUCUGGAGCCCUCGGUCCACCAUGAUGGCCUCCCUGUGGCUGCGCGCCCUGCUCUCGGGCAACGAGGCGGUCCUGCAGUGUGACCACCCCGGGGCUGUCUGGCACUUCACUUCCUUCCUAGAAGACACCCCCUCCCUGCUCCACUCAACGGCCAACGUGAAGAAAUUCCCGGGCGGCAGCCUCCAGCUGAGCCACCCCCAGCCGGCGCAGACUGGCCUCUACAGCUGCCAGGACGGCAAAGGCAGCCUGGUGGUGGAAUACGAGAUAGACUUCCAGGACGUGACCGCCCUGCACGUCACUCACAGAGACCUGGGCCAAGAGCCCCUGGCCAACGAGACCCUGAACCUGGGCGGGGCGGUGCUUGUCUACACACGCUGGGAGCCCUGGCAGGACUGUAACCGCUGCGGGGCGCCAGGCGAGCGCAAGCGCCUGGGCUUCUGCUACGUCGAGGACUCGCCGGAGGAGUCCAUGCCCUGCUGGCUGUAUCUGCGAGAGCUGCGAGCGCCCUACGGCCGCAUGCAGCCAGAGCUGCAGGUGGAAGCCUGCCUCGUCCCCUGCGAUGGCGCCAGCACGAAAACCACACAGCCCUACUUCAUCUUUGACGCGCACCAGCUGGGCAAGUGGACCAGCCACGUGUGGCUCACCUGCCCCUUUGCCUCGGUCUACAGGUGA